GUCGUAAAGUGCAGCUUUACGACACUGUUUGCGACAGUGGAUAACGCGGCUGCGCAGUGCAUCCCUCUGCUGUGUGUGUCCUUCUGCUGUGAGUGUGUUUGCUGACAGUGAGGGGCUGCUCUGCUGCGAGCCUGUGGCUGUGGGAAGUUCCGAUGCGGAAGGGUUGCUCUUGGAGAGAUACUUUAGUUUGGUACUUUGGUCAAAGCGCACACUUUACGCACAAGUUCCGCUCCUUUUGGCGCAGUUCGGAGCCGAGCUAACAUGGCACAGCGCAGGAAUCUGAGCCAAAGCCAUCAGAGCUGGACAGAUGACCUGCCCGUGUGUGAGAUGUGUGGAGUGGGCACUGCCCCCAACUGUGUAUACGGAGCGGAGGGAGCGGGCAGCCAGAGCCACACUUAUGAGGACGCACACAUCCGCUUCAGGGGUGAGGACGGGUGCUCUCUGUACGGCGUCUUUAACGGCUACGACGGCAGUAAAGUGGCCAAUUUUGCCUCUCAGUUCCUCACAGCCGAGCUGCUGCUGGGGCAACUUGCCACUGCCCACAGUGACGGAGAGGUGCGGCGCAUACUCACACAGGCAUUUGAUGUGGUGGAGAAGAGCUACUUUGAGUCGAUAGACGACGCUCUGGCAGAGAAGGCUCACCUGUCCAACUUCCUCCCACGCGACGGGAGCCAGAAGGUGCAGGAGCGGCUGCAGGAGCUGGAGCAGGAGGUGUGUGGAGGAGCUACAGCCGUGGUGGCCCUCAUCCUUAACAACAAGCUCUACAUCGCCAACAUGGGCACAGACCGGGCCCUGUUGUGCCGCUCCAGCAGUGAUGGGCAGAACCAGGUGCAGCAGAUCGGCCGCGCCCACAGCACCGACAACGAGGACGAGCUGCACCGGCUGGCAGCACUGGGGGUGGACUCGGUGCUGGUCAGACAGGCUGGGCAGAUUGCCGGACACAGGAGCACCCGACGGCUGGGGGACUACCGCGCCAAGAUCCACUACAGCGACACCCACCUCCUCAGCUCUGCUAAGGCAAAGCCGAUUAUUGCGGAGCCGGAGAUCCACAGCCAGUCCCUGGAGCGGGUGAGCGGGUUCCUACUGCUCAUGUCAGAGGGGCUCAUCAGUGCCCUGGAGAGUGCCCACGGCUCGGAGCAAGCCAACCAGGAGAUGGUUGCCAUGGUGGCGGCAGAGCUGGCGCAGCAGUCUAACCUGGAGGCCGCGGCUCAGUCUGUGGUGGAGAGGGUCAAACGCGUGCACCAUGACGUGUACGUGUCUGGGCGCCAGAGAGCACCCUUCUGUGGGCAACACGAGGACAUGACCCUGCUCAUCCGGUGCAUCAACUACCCCGGGCCGGACCCCCCCACACCCACACAAGGGGGACGGAUCUACCCCGUGUCAGUACCCUACUCUAACUCUCAGAGCACCAGUAAAACCAGUGUGACACUGUCCCUGGUCAUGCCCUCCAUCUGUACCCUGACCAACGGGACCAACACCACCUCUGCGCUGGAGGAGGAGACCCCCACCCCAGGCAGCCAGAGCCCCACCACCACCCUGCAGUCGACCAACACUCACACCCAGAGUUCCAGCUCCAGCUCAGGUGAUGGCAGCCUGUUCCGGCAGAGGGGCAGCCAGGCAGCUCAGCCCGACGAGACGGGCCGCGUGCCACCCUACGUGGACUUCAGCCACUUCUACCGCCUGUGGGGCAAUGAGCACGGGGACCUGCCCUCUGAUCUGACCUCUGCCCCGGGCGGGCUGGGGCCACAGUAGUUCCUAUGCUCAUAUGUACAUGAGGGGAAAUGACUUGGGUUCAUACUAUUUAUCCAGAGUACGCUUUUCUUCACAGAGCAUUGCAGGCUCUGAUCAGAACUGAGUCUUGUCUAAACCACGCCACAAUUUUAAAGCAGACCGAUUGUGCUUGUGUCUGUAGUUAUAAGUAUAAUGUAUGACACCUGUGAACCAUUAUGUUAUAAUUUGUACAUUUAAAUCUCAAUAUUCAGGGCAGGUGAAAACGUCCUGGCGUCUUGAAAAUAAUCGAUUAAAGAUUACUCAAGCAUCACUCCACAAAAAACUUCAGGUGAGUAAAUGGUAAGGGGUAACAACUAAAACAUGGUGAAAAGCUCUGAAAAGUCCAAGAGGUCUGAUUUAAACAAGGACUAUAACAAAGCAAAAAUUAAAAGAACUGAAUGCAGCCUGCACUCCUAUUGUUUUUUGUUUAUUUUUUUAAGUAUUAAAAUCCCAGCUGAACCUGUGUUGUCAGAGCCUUAAUCUGCAGAUACGGGACACAAGUUUUUUCAUUCUCAGGCCUCAUACGAAAGCUCAGAACCUCCAGAACUGACUCACUGAACUGCAGAGCCUGCACUACCACUGAUUCAUCAUUUGCUUCAAGUGCUGGGGUUUAGGAAGUGACCAUUCAGAUCAGAGAGCGUCCCCGUCUAUUCUUAAUAAGCCUAGGAAGCUCCUUUCCUUAUCGUUAACCCAGGCCCAGGACCAUUGCAACUGAUCAGUGAAGUCACGAAGGAGAAAGGAAAGGAGACUAAUUAUGCUUCCUUUUAUAGCUCCUUUAGCAUAAGAACCUGACGAGGAUCCCAACCAGCAGUAUCUAGUACACAGUGCACAGAUAGCACUGGAUUGUUAGAUGUGGUGAGCUGAAGAAAUGUACAAGUUACAAUGCAGAUUAUUUAAUCAAAAUAACUGGAGGAGCUAGAGGAAGUGUCUAGGGUGGGGGAAGUCUAGGAGUCCCCUGCAAUCUGAUUCUGAAUAGGCUGAAGAAGAUAGAUGGAGGUACAUAAACUCAACUUGAUGAACUUGAUGAAACAAAAGCAACAUCAACAAGUUAUUCUAGUACUGAAGAGUAAAACAGUUCAAGUAAUUAGUAACUAAUCAGUAAAAAUAGCUGUUAACUUUAAAACUAUCACUGAAUGACAUCACAAAGUGGGACAGAGCAUUUUGAGCUUUGGAGAUACAGUCUAAUAAUACAAUACUCAAGGUGUGAAUGAAAGAAAACACACCAACAAUGUUGUUACUUCCUCAAAAACAAGCAUGUUUUUCCAGAAAGCAACAGCAUUGUACCAUGAUUCCACAGCUGAAACGUCACGUUGUGUUGAAAUGGCACACCGCAGUGAAAUGUUACCACAUUUUCACCUCCACCAGUACAUGCCCACUGCGACAUAUGCACUUUGUUUUAAUCACAUCAUUCUGCUGCUCGAUACUGUGAUGUGCAGCUGUCCACAGGAGGAGCCAACAGCUCCAUGGCUCUUUGUUCUGAUGAUGUUUACGGUGACGUCAGCUCUCAUUGGGCACCACAGUUUUCUAACGUGGAUGUCAGCGGACUUGUUUCUUGUAUUAAGUAAUUUGAGGUUAAUUUGGUGAUUUAAAACGUCCAAUUUAUAACAUAAUGAUCCACAGGUGUCAUAGAGUAUAAUUAUAGAGCAGACACAAGCACAAUAUGUCUGCCUUAAGAUAAAUGAUCGUCCAGUUACAAGCCUGCUUUGUUUUCAAGUUCAUAUGUGAAGCAUGCACCAGUCACAGUCUGGGAUGCUCUUAGCUGUCCUAUGUUAAAAGGCCUGUACCUGAUUGUAAUGUGUUCUUGUCAAGAUAAAUGCUCUUUACAUUAUGCACUGUUUUAUAAAAGCUGCUAAAUAAGAAAAAAAUGUACACUGCAAAAGAUAAUCUGUCAUUUUACAUAGCAUUUUCUCAGGUAAUAACCAAUACAGGAAACUACUGACAGGGUCAACUUAUUUUCAUCCGAUCAGGUACAUUUUCAGUCUGUCAUGGUGCAUUUUCAAGAGACAAUUACAAGCAAAUAGUAGCAGCAAUGUGAGAACUCUAGGGAAACAACUGCCUGACAUUUUCCCAGACAGUUGUUUCAGUUGUCAAUUUCAAAUGACAAUUUUCUUUUUUCGAUUUCAGUUAAUUUUUGUAAAGCCCGAAGUCACAGCAGCAGUUGCCUCUUAGGGCUGAACAUGAGAAAUGAUUUAACCAACGGAAAGUUAGAAAAUCAACAAUGAAACAGAAACAGACAAGCAAAUGGAGAAGUGUCCUAUAGCGCCCCCCUGUCCUUAGACCCUCAUUCUCCACAAAGAAAAACAAACAAAAAAAAAUAGUGGGAAAAAGAGAAACCUCAAGGAGAACCACAGUGAAGGAGAGAUGGACGGGCAGAUGUGUCCAGGACUAAUGUGCAUCCAUUUACAGAUAGAGUUCAAGUCUAUAGGGCCAGAGCUGCUACAGACUAUAUGAUCCCCACCCUACUGCUUUUCCAUGGUGAGGGUCAUCCCGGUGUUGGGUCCGUCCAGUCAGGUGAGGGAAGGGAGGGUCCGGGUCCACAGAACAGGAUCGGGGCACAGGAGGGGCAUUUAGGGUCCAGUCAGCGGUCAGGCAUCUGAAACAGUUGGACUGUCCAGAGGGGAGCGGGACAGGGAACAACAUGUGAAUUGCAAUGAACAAACUCCAGGUGAACUGAAUAAUGAAUGCUGUUGACAGGGAAAGUAGGAGGUAACAGAGUAUAGUCUCAGGUUACCAUACUUCCCCCAGCGUGACUUCUACUAGGCAGCUUAAGUAAAAUUGCAGGUUUUAUUUCUGCCCCUAACAGACCUUACCAUAAGCUCAUUCAAAGAGGAACGUUUUAAGCCUGGUCUUAAAUGUAGAAACUGUGGCAGCCUCUUUAACAUGGGCAGGAGCUGAUUCCAUAACACAGGAGCUUAGUAAGUGAAAGCUCUCCCUCCUACUGUGCUUUUAGACACUCUAGGAACCACCAGUAGUCUAGCAUUUUGAGAGCAGAGUGCUGUGUUUGGAUGAUAUGGUACUGUAGCAUCUUGCAAAUAGUUGUGUCAUGGCGCAAUAUUACAGUGUCGAAAGAACUAAGUGAGCAGCGCUAAAAGUUCAAACUAAAAUAUACUUCCUACUCAUGAUUUGAAAUCUGAUAAAGGCUCUUUAAAGGAAACAUAUGUUACAAGAGCAACCUUUCUGUGCUUGUAACCACAUCAUAAUGGUUUUCUUAGACUUAGACUUUAGAUUCAUGUUUAAGUGAUCCAGUAUUUGACCGGUUCACUCUCCCAUCCCCGCUCAAUUUCAGUACUAAGGAAUGGACUUGAUACUCAAUAAUGAUUCUGAUACAACAGUGACAGUAAAAACACUUUUUCUUUAAACAAUAGAAUGUGAUUUCCACAUUAAAGUGCCACUCAACUAAGGGCCAGUUGAAGGCUUAUCCACGGCAGGGUGGGGGUCAUUUGGUAGGAUUCAGAUUACAGUUAUUUUCCUAAAAUCAAAAGAAUACAUUGCAGUAUGUGAUCAUACAAUUUUGGCUUCAAAGUAUUUUAAACCCGUGUAAAUACUUUUGGUGAUUGGUCAAAAUUGAGUUGUAUUAUUAGUGUUACUUCCUAUACAUGUGUGAAAAUCAUAUGGUUUUAGUUGUUUAUAUUUAAAAUGUAUAAAAUAAAUGCACAUAAAACAAAAAAGUCUUUAAACUGC